CAUUUUGGAAAGGAGAAAACUGACGUCUAGGGCAGGGGAAGUGGACUCGCCCGAGGCCUCAUGGGGAUGUCAAAGGGCUGAGGUAGAAAAAGGAAAAAGUCUGGGCUGCAGAUUCUCAGUGGAAAAAGUAUGGAGUUGGCGCGGGGAGAAUCUUGAAAGACACUUAGAGCAGAGAGGACUGUGGGAGGAGCCAGUGACAUCGGCGAAAACGCCCGUGAGCGGAACAUCCGGUUGUUUGGGAAGGUUAGAAGGUUGCUUUCAGGAACCUUGGUGCCGGCGUGGCGUUUCCAGGCGGAAGGGUGAAGGAAGGACCGGAAGCUCUGUGAGACGGGACGGAAGAGCUUGCUUGGAGCGGGCACUGGUCGAACUGGAGGGAGCCGGUGAAAAACCUGGUCCCGGGCCCGGGGCCGGGGCCGGGACUGCGGGCUCUCGAGGGCCGGGAGAGCGGGGUUCUGGGGUAGUAGCGGCAGCAGCCGGAGGCGAACGGGCAGAUGGGGCUCAGGAGGCGAAGGCCCGCCCGGGACCAGGGACAGGGGCUGCGGGGGGAACCGGGGCCGUUUCCGGGGCCACCGCAGCCUCAGGAGCUGGAGCGGGGGCCGGGGCUUCCUCCAUGUUCGCCGGGUUGCAGGAUUUGGGGGUGGCCAACGGCGAGGACCUGAAGGAGACAUUGACCAACUGCACCGAGCCCCUCAAAGCCAUCGAGCAGUUCCAGACAGAAAAUGGUGUCCUACUGCCAUCAUUACAAUCUGCUCUGCCUUUCUUGGACCUGCAUGGGACACCUCGUCUAGAGUUCCACCAGUCAGUCUUUGAUGAGCUAAGAGACAAAUUGUUGGAGAGAGUAUCUGCCAUUGCUGCUGAAGGAAAGGUUGAAGAAAGGUACAAGAAGCUAGAAGAUCUCUUGGAGAAAAGUUUUUCCUUGGUGAAAAUGCCCUCACUCCAGCCAGUAGUGAUGUGUGUAAUGAAACACUUGCCAAAGGUUCCUGAAAAAAAAUUGAAACUGGUGAUGGCUGACAAGGAACUAUAUCGGGCAUGUGCUGUGGAGGUGAAGCGGCAGAUUUGGCAGGAUAACCAAGCUCUGUUUGGGGAUGAAGUUUCUCCACUGCUCAAACAGUACAUUUUAGAGAAGGAGAAUAUCCUUUUCAGCAAUGAAGUAUCUGUUCUGCACAACUUCUUUAGUCCAUCUCCUAAAACAAGACGUCAAGGGGAGGUAGUACAGAAACUGACACAGAUGAUUGGGAAGAACGUAAAACUCUAUGACAUGGUGUUGCAGUUCCUUCGAACCUUAUUCCUGCGGACAAGGAAUGUCCAUUACUGUACCUUGAGAGCUGAACUGCUAAUGUCAUUACAUGACCUGGACAUCAGUGAUAUUUGCAUGGUGGAUCCAUGCCAUAAGUUUACCUGGUGUCUUGAUGCUUGUAUCCGAGAAAAGUUUGUUGACAAUAAAAGAGCUCGGGAGCUGCAAGGAUUCCUGGAUGGAGUGAAGAAAGGUCAGGAGCAAGUGCUGGGUGAUUUGUCUAUGAUUCUAUGUGAUCCCUUUGCGAUUAAUACCCUGUCUUUGAGCACCAUAAGACAUCUGCAAGAACUGGUGGGUCAGGAAACCUUACCCAGGGAGAGUCCUGAUCUACUUUUAUUGCUAAGAAUGCUCUCCCUGGGACAGGGGGCUUGGGACAUGAUUGACAGUCAGGUCUUCAAGGAACCAAAAAUGGAGGUAGAGCUGAUCACUAGGUUUUUGCCAAUGCUUAUGUCUUUUGUGGUGGAUGAUUAUACUUUCAACGUAGAUCAGAAACUACCAACAGAAGAGAAGGCAUCAGUCACAUACCCUAAUACCCUUCCUGAAAGCUUUAUCAAGUUCUUGCAGGAACAUAGGAUGGCUUGUGAAAUGGGGCUUUAUUAUGUCCUUCACAUAACAAAGCAAAGGAAUAAAAAUGCUUUUCUCCGACUUCUGCCUGGAUUAGUCGAGACAUUUGGAGAUUUGGCCUUCAGUGAUAUAUUUCUUCACUUGCUCACUGGGAACCUUACUCUGCUAGCAGAUGAGUUUGCUGUGGAAGAAUUCUGUACCAGUUUAUUUGAUGGAUUCUUCCUUACCUGCCUCUCAAGAAAAGAGAAUGUACACCGCCAUGUUCUCAGGCUCUUGAUUCACCUGCAUCACAAAGUGGCCCCUACUAAAUUGGAGUCCCUCCAAAAGACUUUGGAACCUACCAGUCAGAGUGGGGAGGCUGUGAAAGAUCUUUACAAUCAGCUUGGAGAGAAACUGGAACACCUGGAACAUUGCAAACCUAGUCCAGCCCAGGUGGUGGAAGCUCCUGCUUUAGAGCUACCCCUUCCUGCUGUCCCAACCCCAGCAACCCUUUGAGGUGUUUUAACCCUGAACUCGGUCAUGGUUAUGGUACCUGAUGACCUCAAACUUUCCAUAGCCCAUGAAGGUGGGGGAAUUAUUUGUCAUCACUACACUGUGAAGAAUUUCCUGAGGACUUUACAUUGAACGCUGAAGUGUUACAAAGUCUGCAAUUAAUAACUCUUAGCUUCCUUGAGGCCAGUGGGAAGGGUCUGAGGAAGGGUCUGAAGUGUGUGUGUGUGUGUGUGUGUGUAUGUGUG